UUCUCUGAUCUGUAUGAUAUUGUGGUUGGAGGGUGUCAGACUGGAUAAACUCUGAGGGUCCUGGAAGACCUUGGGCCAAGUCUGUAAUUCUAUCUUAAAGAAGACAAAGUGUUUGUUUAUUUGUUUGUUUGUUUGUGUGAGGGCACACAUGGGUGUUUUAGUUGUACAUGCCCAUGUGUGCACACACAUGUGGAGGCCAAAGAGCAACCUUGGGCGGUGUUCCUCUGGAACUGGCCUCCUUGGUUUUUUGUUGUUAUUGUUUUCCUUUUUUGCCCUGAAGCUUUCUUAGUAGAUUCCGCUGGCUGCCCAUUGAGCCUACUGCCUGUCUCUGUCUCCCCAGUACUGGAAUUACAGUGUGUGUGUUACCAUGCCUGGUAUUUUUACAUGGGUUCUGAGGAUUGAAUUUGGGUUUUUAUGUCUGCAAGGGAGCACUUUGCAGACUGAGCUCUCUCCCCAGCCUGAAAAAGAGAGCUUUGCCUUGGCCUAGUCACAGAACAGAGUUACUGAGCAUUUGGGAUUCUCUGCUUCGAGUUCCAGCUAUUUAUUCCAGUUGUUUACAUACAGAGAGACCAGCACACAGGACCUUGUUCCGUAUUCUAGACUUCGAACUGCCCUGUCUUGACCCUGCUUCUUGGCCACCCCUCUUCCUUUGAGAACCCUUGAGCUUACUCACUUGGGGCUAUGCUGACAUCUCAGGCUUUACUGAUGCCUAGAAAAGCAGGAAUGAGGGUCCUAGUCUGUGGAAUUGGUGAGUGGAGGUGGGACCUCAGAGGGAAGCCCCACCUGCCCAGGGGAAGAACAUCUCUUUCCUCCUGGGACACUUUUGAAAUAGUUUGGCUGUCAUGGCUGAGGUACUUCAACUGUCUGAAGGUGACUGAGGCCUCUACUUCCUAGUCUGGGGCAGUCCCACCCCUCUCAGCUGCACUCACUUGUUGGCCAACUGGAAUCUACCUUCCACAUCUCUAACAACAUUUGAUAAAGGAUCCUGUGCACUGUGGCCUUUCCCAGAACCUGAUAGUUUACAGUAGCUGCUGGGGCACCUUAGAAACUUCUGCUUUCAACAUGAACAUGCCUGUGUCCGUCCUCCAGGGCGGGGCUGGAGACUCAACUCUUCCUGAACUAGCUAGCAGUUGCCUGGAAGUUAAAACGAUGUGGACAGACUGAUCUUUUUUGGGGGGCAGACAUUAACUGAUCUUUAGGUUUCCAGGCAAGACACUGUGGAAGACACCUACCAGUAGACAAAAUGCAAAUGAAGAUGACAUAUAUUGACCUAUCAAAUUGGCAGAGCAACCAACAAAUGCAUGGAAAGACAGCGCCUCUGAAGAGCUCCGUGCCCUGCACGGAGAAACCAGAAAAGGUCCAGAAGGCCCCAGACGACAGUAGUCUACACUGGUCAGAAGGCUCGAAGAGUGAAGAGAUAAAAAAGUAUGGCCGGGAAGGGACACUGCUGAGCAAAUACAACCAGCAGUACCACAAGCUGUUUAAAGACAUCCCCUUGGAGGAGAUGGUUCUCAAAGUGUGUUCCUGUGCCCUCCAAAGAGACCUUCUUCUGCAUGGCCGGCUCUAUAUCUCUCCCAACUGGCUCUGCUUCCAUGCCAGCCUCUUUGGCAAGGACAUCAAGGUGGUCAUUCCUGUGGUGUCUGUACAGUUGAUCAAAAAACACAAGAUGGCACGGCUCCUUCCCAAUGGACUGGCCAUCACCACAAACACCAGCCAGAAGUAUGUCUUUGUGUCUCUGCUCUCCCGGGACAGUGUAUAUGAUAUGCUGAGGAGGGUCUGCACUCACCUACAGCCUUCCAGCAAGAAGAGUCUAAGUGUAAGGAAAUUCCCCGAGGAAGCUGAGUGCGAGUCUCCAGUGAUUGCUGACGCUGAGAGCAAGGGCCUGAGGGAAGUCCUUAUUCCUGAGAUGAAGUGGAGAAAAGUGUGCCCAGCCUCCACAUCACUGUCACUCCCAGACAACAUCUCUUGUGUCUCUCGGAUACCCACAGAUUCCACAGAUAGCUGCUUUCCCUCCAGGAAACCUUCAGGGUCUGAGACCGCCUGUGACGCAGAUGUGUUGGAGGAAGAGCCCAUGAUGGACCAGGAAUUGAGGCUGUGGGAUUCCCGGCUCCUCAAAGUCAUCUUUGUGAUGAUCUGCUUCUUAGUCGUGUCCUCAUCCUAUCUGGCAUUCCGCAUCUCCCGACUGGAACAGCAAUUAUGUUCCUUGAACUGGGGUGGUCCACUCCCAGGGGACAGGUAACAGUUACUUGGCCUUCAUCCCCACACCUUAUCCAAGGAUGCUCUGGGUGCUGUCUCUACCAACGAUUCCUGAGGUUUAUACUGCAGUUGUGCUGAGAAUGAGAAUGAAGGAAAAUAAUCUAGAUCCUUCCUCCAGCCCCCUCCCCCAACACUUCUUCCCUCAAUGAGUGAUCUGAAGUACCUGUUUACAGAUUAACUGACUCCUACAUUUUUGGACUCAAACAAAACGUUAGAUCUUUUGUUUUUUUAAUCAGAUGAGGAGUUCUGUACACUAAGCUUCAGCAACCACUUAAAUGAUAGAAAACAUAUUAA